AAAACGCACAGAAACAAAAGUUACUAUAAAGUAUAAAAAGCUCUAUAGAGGAAGAAAAAAAAAAUAGUAUUAUGGUGAGUGGGUGGAUGAAGUCGUUACAAUGCAAAUCAAGAGCAUUUGAAGAUGUUUACAAUCCAUACCCUAAAUUCCUCUUACAAAGUGCUAGUUGUAGAAAAAGCCUUCAAAAUAGGAAAGAGAUCGUUGAUAUUCCAAAGCCAAAGCCCAUCACCACCGUUAAACCAGAAGCCCCCACCAUGAACCGUUCCCGAAGCACCGUGGCAACUAGUUCAUCUUCCCGUGCAAUCAUCGAACUUCCGGUGGGGCAUUCUUCACGGAACGUGGUGGAUAUUAUUUUCCAGACGAGUUGGGGUCACAAGGAGUUUCCGGGUCGGGUCGAAAUGAUAUUCAAGGUGGAAAACGGAGCACGGACAAUCUCGCGGUUUGAAGAGUUUCGUGAGGCGGUGAAAGCACGCGAUGGCUCUGCUGUGGAGUUAUCCGAGGGUAAGAAUUUUGAGGAGAAUGCGAGGUGUGUUGCUGAUGGAAAUGAGGUGAUGCAGUUUCAUUGUUUGGGUCCGGCUGAAGACGGUGGAUCUCACGGUGGUUGGUCUUUUCCGGAGCGUAAAGGGUCGGCGAUACGUACGUUUUCCGAGAGUGGUUGUGCUCAUGAGAAUGGCGGUGGAGGGAAGGGUAGAUGGGCAAUGCUGGUGUGUCGGGUUGUAGCGGGUCGGGUUUUGAAGCAACUCGGGUAUUUGGACUCGUUGUUGGAUAAGCGAGUGGAAUUCGACUCAGUGAGUGCGGAUAAUGGCGAGUUGUUGGUGUUCGACACACGUGCGGUAUUGCCGUGUUUUCUUAUUAUUUACCGGUUGUAAAAAUAAAGAGAAAAAAUUAUUGCAUAACUCUUUAUUAAAUUUUAAUAAAAAAACUAUAUAUUUUCAUUAUUUGAGAUUGGGUUUUGGCUAAUACUUUGGUGUAAUGUAAUUACGGAGAAAUUGAUUUCUGAUUUGAUAUUAA